AUGGCGGACGAUAAAGCCGUCGGCGCACCCGCGCUGGAUACAAAUAUCGAAUCGGGCAACUUCGACGAGAAGCGCGCUCAGCCUCCCACUGAGGCCGUCCCUCCCAAGAAGGAUGCUCCCGCUGAAGAGGAGGAAGAAGAUGAGGACAUUGAUGCCUUGAUUGAGGAUCUCGAGUCCGAGGAUGGCCACGCCUUCGAGGAAGAAGAGGAGGAGACCAACCCUGCCACUGGACGUAUCGUCCCCGAGGACAUGCUCCAAACUGACAGCCGUCUCGGUCUGACCGAGAGCGAGGUUGUCGCUCGCCGUCGCAAGUACGGUCUUAACCAGAUGAAGGAGGAGAAGGAGAACUUGGUUCUCAAGUUCCUUGGCUUCUUCAUCGGUCCCAUUCAGUUCGUCAUGGAGGCUGCUGCUGUUCUGGCUGCCGGUCUUCAGGACUGGGUCGAUUUCGGUGUCAUCUGUGGUCUUCUCAUGCUCAACGCCUGUGUUGGUUUCAUUCAGGAAUUCCAGGCUGGUUCCAUUGUCGAAGAACUCAAGAAGACUCUCGCUCUCAAGGCUGUCGUUCUCCGUGACGGUACUCUUAAGGAAAUUGAGGCUCCCGAAGUCGUCCCUGGUGAUAUUCUGCAGGUUGAGGAGGGUACCAUCAUUCCCGCUGAUGGUCGCAUCGUUACCGAGGGCGCUUUCCUCCAGGUUGAUCAGUCCGCCAUCACUGGUGAGUCUCUCGCCGUCGACAAGCACAAGGGCGACUCCUGCUAUGCUUCCUCUGCCGUCAAGCGUGGUGAGGCCUUCCUGGUCGUCACCGCCACUGGUGACAACACCUUCGUCGGUCGUGCCGCUGCUCUCGUUUCUCAGUCCGCCGGUGGCACUGGUCACUUCACUGAGGUUCUCAACGGCAUUGGUACGAUUCUGCUGGUCCUCGUCAUCCUGACCCUGCUCGUUGUCUGGAUUUCUUCCUUCUACCGCUCCAACGGCAUCGUCGACAUCCUGCGCUUCACCCUGGCCAUCACCAUUGUCGGUGUCCCUGUCGGUCUUCCCGCCGUCGUUACCACCACCAUGGCUGUCGGUGCCGCCUACCUCGCCAAGAAGCAGGCCAUCGUCCAGAAGCUCUCUGCCAUCGAGUCCCUUGCUGGUGUCGAGAUUCUCUGCUCUGACAAGACCGGUACUUUGACCAAGAACAAGCUCUCUCUCUCCGAGCCCUACACCGUCCAGGGCGUUGACCCCGAUGACCUGAUGCUUACUGCCUGCUUGGCCGCUUCCCGCAAGAAGAAGGGUAUCGAUGCCAUUGACAAGGCUUUCCUCAAGUCUCUCAAGUUCUACCCCCGUGCCAAGAGCGUCCUGUCCAAGUACAAGGUCAUUGACUUCCACCCCUUCGACCCCGUCUCCAAGAAGGUUACCGCUGUUGUCGAGUCCCCCCAGGGCGAGCGCAUCACCUGUGUCAAGGGUGCACCUCUUUUCGUUCUCAAGACCGUCGAGGAGGACCACCCCAUCCCCGAGGACAUUGACAAGGCCUACAAGAACUGCGUCGCCGAGUUUGCUACCCGUGGUUUCCGUUCCCUCGGUGUUGCCCGCAAGCGUGGUGAGGGUGCUUGGGAGAUUCUUGGAAUUAUGCCCUGCUCCGACCCCCCUCGUCACGACACUGCCCGCACUAUCAACGAAGCCAAGAACCUCGGUCUGUCCAUCAAGAUGUUGACUGGUGAUGCCGUCGGUAUCGCUCGUGAGACUUCUCGCCAGCUCGGUCUCGGAACCAACGUCUACAACGCUGAGCGUCUCGGUCUCGGUGGUGGUGGUGACAUGCCUGGCUCUGAGGUUUACGAUUUCGUCGAGGCUGCCGAUGGUUUCGCUGAAGUUUUCCCCCAGCACAAGUACUCUGUCGUCGAGAUUCUCCAGCAGCGUGGCUACCUCGUUGCCAUGACUGGUGACGGUGUCAACGAUGCCCCCUCCCUGAAGAAGGCCGAUACUGGUAUUGCUGUCGAGGGUGCUUCCGAUGCUGCCCGUUCCGCCGCCGAUAUCGUUUUCCUUGCCCCCGGUCUCGGUGCCAUCAUUGACGCUCUCAAGACUUCUCGCCAGAUCUUCCACCGCAUGUACGCCUACGUCGUCUACCGUAUCGCCCUGUCUCUGCACAUGGAGAUCUUCCUUGGUCUCUGGAUCGCCAUCCUCAACCGUUCCCUGAACAUUGAGCUGGUCGUCUUCAUUGCCAUUUUCGCUGAUAUCGCCACCCUGGCCAUUGCCUACGAUAACGCCCCUUACUCCCAGACUCCCGUCAAGUGGAACCUUCCCAAGCUCUGGGGUAUGUCCGUUCUCCUCGGAACCGUCCUCGCCAUCGGUACCUGGAUUGCCCUCACCACCAUGUACGCUGGUGGCAAGAACGGUGGUAUCGUCCAGAACUUCGGUAACAUCGACGAGGUCAUCUUCCUUGAGAUCUCCCUCACUGAGAACUGGCUGAUCUUCAUCACCCGUGCCAACGGUCCUUUCUGGUCUUCCAUUCCUUCUUGGCAGCUCAGCGGUGCCAUCCUGGUUGUCGACAUCAUUGCCACCCUCUUCUGUAUCUUUGGUUGGUUCAUCGGCGAGCAGACCAGCAUUGUCGCUGUUGUUCGUAUCUGGAUUUUCUCCUUCGGUAUCUUCGCCAUCAUGGGUGGUCUCUACUACUUCCUCCAGGGAAGCACUGGUUUCGACAACCUCAUGCACGGCAAGUCUCCCAAGCAGAACCAGAAGCAGCGAUCAUUGGAAGAUUUUGAUGCGGAGAGGCGGAGAUAUUUCGCCAUAGAAAAUUCUCACACCGCGCCAGCUUCGGCGGAAUGGUCCUCUGCCUCCGUUAAGCGCCGCAGGCUCGAGACGCAAGCCGCCGAGGAAGCAGCCCAGCAGGAAGAGCUCAUCGAGAACCAUGUUAAGCGCAGUGUCUUGACUAAUGAUGUUGCUACCUCUGGACUGCUUGCCCGCGAGCUGGGCGCCUCGAGACCCGCGGGGAUGCUUGAGAAUGAGGAAGUUGCUGCUACUCUGUGGGCUCAGGGGGUGACUGACAAGGGCAGCGUUGCCUUUGGGCUCAGUCUGCAUUAUGAGACUCAUCCUCAUAUGCCGUGUUUUUACGUCAGUGGCAAGGAGUGUGUUGAUAGCUACCGUAAUAUCAUGUAUGACUUUUCGCGCAGUCGAAGCUGGGGCGUCAACCAGAGCACGCCUGCCCCUGCCUCUUCCGACCUCCUCUGCGUUGUGGGCACCAGCAGGGGGAUCCAGCGUAUUCAUCUCGAUGAAACUCCUAGCUGGAUCACUCAAAUUCGAAUGGAGAGCCCGCCGGACUACGGCGUUGAUGCCAAGAUUGAUUACCCUGGUCGCAAGCACCAUAUCGGCCCUCAAGAGAUCUUUUCUCAAGACUUCCAGGUUGGCAAUCACAACAUCUUGUUUGCUGGUGGCCGGCAGCCUCGCCUCUGGGUUACUGACCUUAGAGCGCCCACUGCCGGAUGGAACUUCGUUAAGCACGGCUCGUCCAUUGCGCACGUCCGCAGCAUUAACCCCCAUCAAGUCCUGGUCGCCGGUCUGCGGAACCGCAUGUCCGUGUACGACAUGCGCUUCAUCCAAGCCAACAGGAAUGGUUACCGCGAGCGAGCCACUUCUUCCCCAAUUCUCGAGUUCCCAGACUACAAGAACGAGCCCUACUUCAACUUUGGCUGGGACGUAUCCACGGAGCUCAACCUCGUGGCCUCGGCGCAGGACAACGGCACCAUCAAACUCUUCUCCCUGAGCUCUGGGUGCGUUUUGCCUUCGGGACAAGCCUUGGAGAGCUUUCGCACGGACGAUCCCGUCAAGGCAAUGAUGUUCCAGACUUUGCCGGGAGAGAAUUCGCCGAGCUUGUAUGUGGCCAAGGGUCCGUUUUUGAAGAAAUUUGGUUGUGCGCCAAGCGACCUUUCUGACGAGGAAUGA